GUUCUAUCUUGGCUUCACCACCCAAUGGCUCUACCUUACAUUAUUCUCUUAUCUCUAACUCUCAUAUCUCACACGGCACUCACUUCCUCCACCAACACCAACACCAUCACUCUCCCGCUAUCGCCUCUACUCACCAAACCCCAAUCCUCCGAUUCUUUCCAUGCUCUCAAACUCGCCGCUUCAGCUUCUCUAACCCGGGCCCACCACCUCAAACACCGCAAAAAUGCUCCCUCCGUCGCCACAACCCAAGUCUACCCGAAAAGCUACGGUGGCUACUCCAUAGAUCUCAACUUCGGAACCCCACCCCAAACCUCCCCCUUCGUUCUCGACACAGGAAGUAGCCUCGUCUGGUUCCCCUGCACCCCCCGCUACACCUGCUCCCACUGUCUCUUCCCAAACAUCGACCCCACCAAAAUCCACACCUUCAUUCCCAAAAAUUCCUCCACCGCCAAACUCGUAGGUUGCACGAACCCCAAAUGCGGUUACCUCUUCGGCUCCGACCUUCAAUCUCGCUGCCCCAAUGCCAACCAUUCUAAAAAUUGUUCCAUCACUUCCCCUUACAUUAUCGAAUACGGCUUGGGCUCCACCGCCGGCUUUUUACUCCUCGACAAUCUCAACUUCCCUUCAAAAAUCGUUCCCCAAUUUCUCGUCGGUUGCUCCAUCCUCUCCAUCCGCCAACCCUCCGGCAUCGCCGGCUUCGGUCGCGGCCAAGAGUCUCUCCCUUCACAAAUGGCCCUCAAGAGAUUCUCUUACUGCUUACUCUCCCACAGCUUCGACGACUCCACGGAAAACAGUGACCUCGUUUUACAAAUCAGCUCCACCGGCGACACCAAAACCAGCGGCCUCAGAUACACGCCGUUUCACCCCAACCCUUCUGCCAGCAACCCCGCCUUCCUGGAAUAUUACUAUCUCAGCCUCCGCAAGGUCAUUGUCGGCGGCAAGAACGUUAAGAUUCCGUUUAGCUUUUUGGACCCCGGCUCUGACGGUCACGGCGGCACCAUCGUGGACUCUGGAUCCACCUUCACUUUCAUGGAACGGCCCGUUUAUGAUUUGGUGGCCCAAGAGUUUGUGAAGCAGCUGGGGAAUUAUUCCAGGGCGGAGGACGUUGAGGCUCAAUCUGGGUUGGGUCCCUGUUUUAAUACUUCCGGCGCCAAGACCGUGAAUUUCCCGGAGUUUACUUUUCAGUUCAAAGGCGGCGCAAAAAUGACGCUGCCGGUGGAAAAUUAUUUCUCCUUAAUCGACGAUUCGGAGGUGGUGUGUCUGACCGUUGUCUCCGACGGUGGAGCCGGUCCGGCGAUGAUGUCCGGUCCCGCCAUCAUUUUGGGGAACUAUCAGCAGCAAAAUUUCCUCAUUGAAUAUGAUUUGGAGAAUGAGAGGUUCGGGUUCGGCCCUCAGAGUUGCAAAAGGAAAAGUUAGUGUAGUAACUGUAAAUUAACGUGUUAUUUUUAUUUAUUUGUGGUUGGGUUAAUAUGCAGCAAAAUAACUAUUCAUUUUUUUUACUGCGUGAUUGCAGUAUGAAUGCUUACAAUGAUUUUAAAUAAAUCGAUAAUAUUACGAUGAUUAGUUGAUGAAAUGCAUAAGAGUGAGCUUGUAACA